CAGGGGGCGGGGGGAAGCUCGCGCUCCCGAAGCCUCUCGAUGGAUUUGAAGCGGCGGCGGCGGCCGAGCGGGACCUGGAGCGGGAGCGGCACCGACACAGGGAGAGGCGGCGGCGGUUAGGAGCACGGCCACUCGGGGCAAUGGAGAGCGGCCUGAGCUCAGCCGGGCCGGCCUCCAGCCUGGGCCUUGGGCUCGGCCUGGGCCUCGGCCUCGGGCUACACCGCUUCCCGAACGGCUGCACCCCCCUCAGCCACCAGGUGGCCGGCCACAAGUACGGCAAAUCCGAGCUGGGUAUGUUGCAGCACCCAGAUGGCACCGUUUUGAAGCAGUUGCAACCUCCACCGCGUGGACCCAGGGAGUUGAAUUUCUACAAUAUGGUGUUUGGUUCAUCUUGUCAUGAUCACGUGUUCUUAGAACUACGAAAAUUCCUGCCUAAAUUCCUUGGCACCUGGACACCAACUACUGCACCUAAUGAGCUCUACCUUAAACUGGAAGAUGUGACACGGAAGUUCAAGAAGCCCUGCAUCAUGGAUGUAAAGAUAGGGAAGAAAAGCUAUGACCCUGAUGCGUCAGCUGAGAAGAUCCAGCAACAGAUAAGCAAAUAUCCGCUGAUGGAAGAAAUUGGUUUCUUAGUACUUGGCAUGCGGGUCUACCAGUUCUCAUCUGACAGCUACAUGACGUAUGACCAGCGAUAUGGAAGAGGUUUAACAAAAGAAACUUUGAAAGAUGGUUUAUCGAGAUUCUUCCACGAUGGAAGCUGUUUGAGGAAGGACGCUGUUGCCGCAAGUAUUCAAGAGGUUGAAAGGAUACUGCAGUGGUUUGAGAAUCAAAAUAAGCUCUGUUUCUAUGCAAGUUCUUUACUGUUUGUUUAUGAGGGAUCGCCUCAGCUGACAGCGAUGGGGGUUGGAGAUGCACCCCGCAAACUAGCAGCACCAAAGGGAACAAAGCGAACUGGUGAAGUAGUGGAACACAACAAUAACGUCCAUGUCAUGAACUCUAGCGAGAGCAGAAUGGUGGAAGCUUCAGUUGGUCAGAGCCUUUCCAAUAUGUACGCACUUCACAGGAAGGGGUGUUUCAAAGCGCAUCAAAGCAUGGUCCCACUACAUCUGAAGAAUGCAGAGCAAGACCGCAGCAUAUGCAAAUGCUUAACUCUCAUUUCACCUGGACAGCCAAAUGGCAAUGAAAUAAAACAAUUGGAGAAGGAUUUGAUGCAUACCUCCAGCAUGCUUCAGGAGCCUCCAGAGGUUGAUGUAAGAAUGAUAGACUUUGCACAUGUGUUCCCUAGCAACACAAAAGAUGAGGAGUACAUUUAUGGGCUGAAACAUUUAAUCAGUGUAUUACGAAAUAUGCUGGAUGAUUAAUUUUUUUAUUUUUUGAUGGGGGUAUUUGGGAGCAAGGAAAUAAAUGAGGAGCAAUUUUAUUGAUUUCUGCACAAGUUCUGAUGCAUAAUUUUGUGUUUCUAAUGUGAUUCCAGGUGUAUUGUAUGUGCUUUUCAUUGUAUGGUACUUCUGGUGAUUGAUCUAAUAUUUAUAAUAGCUCAGGAAAAUUUACCAACUCAUCAUUGACAGCCACUGAAACAGUUCCAAAAUCCUACAGGGGGCAGCUGACCCUUAGCAACUGCUGACAAGGAAAUUUGAGCUCCCACUGUUUGCAACAAACCCACAGACUUCAAUGAUGGUAAUUGGUUUUUAAGGUAUGUAACCAACUGCCUGCCAAUCCUAGGCAUGGAACUUGUGCCUAUGGACUAAUGCUAUCUUCAGUGAAGACCAGGUUAGUCAGACUUAAGAUUGUUUUGGGGAUGUUGCUGCCACUUUUCUGGAGAUGUGUUUUUAUUAGCUUUUUUAAACAGUUGUGUUGCAGCAAUUCAUAUGAAAAAUUUGGUCCCAAUUAUGUAAAAUAGAAAUUGUCAAUUGUCUCAUUGUUUUGAUGCAUUCGGCUAGUAUUUCUGGAGAAUUUCAGUCUCGCAAUAGCUUGUUACAUUAUCAGUAAGUUAAUGCACAAACAUCAAGUCACCUGGACUCCUGCAGGUUAAGACUUUACAUGGGAUGGAGUAAAAUAUGCAUAUUAUCUUUUUGCAAUUUCUUUCCUUCAAUUUUUAAGUAUGCUGACAUCUGCAGAAGUUGAGCUGAGAAAGGAGGAAACAAAGUAUGUUUUGGCAAAGUCCAGCCAUCUUCCUGCCUUUGUCGUUCAACUUGUAUCUCUGAAUGAAAUAUUCAACGGGAUUCUCAUCAUCUCUCCUAACAUUAGGCUACUUUUAAAAUGCACACACUUUGACUUGUUCACGUUUCAUUUGGUCAUUCAUUACUAGUGAUCUAUUGUGUUGUUAUUACCAAAAUUUAGUUUUUGAACACCCAAUUUCACAAGUUAUGAUUUGAUUUUCUUUCACUUUCCUGUAGGCUGAUGUUUGGGUUUGCUUUAUAAGACAGCACACCAAGAAUUGUUGCUGUAUUGAACCCAACCAUAAGUCCAAGAAUCUUCCAUACUUGAACACUAAGUUCUCUGAUCAAUGACCACUGGUAUUGUAGCCUUCACUAUUAGAAUGCUGAGUGAACCAGCAACUGCAGCUGCACAGUAUACUUAUGUCACCCAGAACUGACUUGACUCCAGUGAGAUGACUCCUGUUUUUAUUAGUUGUGUAACUGAUUUCAUUUUCAUGACUUAGCUUUGUUGGAGCUCGAUGACAAGUUUUUUGCUGUUCCUUUUUGGAAAAAAAAGGCCAAAUGCUUGAAACCAGUGAAGUUGUGUAUUUGAGAAAAAAAACAUGCAAGCACUAAACCUAAAAUACUUUUUGCAGUUCUUAAAAAUGCACUAGACUUCAGAAUAUUGGGUUCCUUUCAUUACAGUUUACAUUUGCACAAAUCAGUGUACUUUGAUAUUUUGAUAGCGUUUUAAAUUAUUUCCACAUUGCUAUCACUUAUUUUGUCAGGGUUCAGCAGGCGAAUGUUGUGAUGGGAAAUGUGGCACAGUAGUAAUUAGUACAAGUGAAGAUUGCAUGUGAAGAUUGUUUGUCAUUUUAAAUGUAUUGACCAAAUAAUGUAUGCUUUUUCUAAAAACAAAAGUUAAUUCUGAAAUAUUUUUUAAUUGUAAACUAUGCUUUUUUGUAUGUUUGUUAAUGAGAAGUUUACAUUAUGUAGCUGUAUAUUCCUCAUAGACCCUGCUCAAUCUUCUGUUCCUCAGUACUACUGACUAUUUGUGAAGACUUUGGGGGAUAAAAAAAACGAUUUACCUAUUUUAAUCCUUAACCAUUGAGGAUGAUUUGGGCUUGGUUGUUUUCUACUUGGUCGCAUAUCAGAGUUGUCUGUCCUCUGAGCAUCCAUGUGCAUUGUGAGGGGCAAAUGGAACUGGCUUCAUUUUUAAACAGAGCAAGAUUCACUUUCGCCUAAUCAAAUAGAUUCUAAAGAAAAGAAAUACUGCUGAAUAACAGUUGAUAUUCGGGGUUUCAGCAGGCUUUAGUUUGUGUGUUUUUUUUUAUUACCUAUUCCUUUUGUUUAAUUUCAUCUGUUCUACCAAUUUUAUCUUAAUUUCUUACCCCAAGACUGAGUUCUACUUGUAAGUUCUAACAAGUUUGCCCAUGGUGAUGGAGUUGAGCAUCAGAUCUUUUGCUGAUCACGAGUUUGACCAGAGCUUGGUGAGUCACGAAGAUGUGAUCUCCUUGAUUGAACACUCUGGGCAUCUAUAAUAGGCAAUUUAAAGAAAACAUGAAAAUAUCUUUCUCUUUUAAUCUAGAAAGAGAUAAAAUGUACUAAUUUAGUUGCCUCAAGAUUUUUAAGUUUGGUAAGUGUGCUGGGCACAACAUUUAUCUAACACUUGCAAUCACAAUCAUGCAAAAUUCAUUUCCCAAUGAAUGUGCAGCUCUUUGUGUAACAUUCCUGAAAUGACUGGUUGAAUAGAUGGUUGACUUUGCCUGUGUCAGCUGUUAGAAUUGGGCAUUCUGUUAUACUGGUUCAUCUUUUGGAAUAUAUUUCUUUUCAUCUGAAGAUUUCAAAUCUAAUUUUUUUUAUCAUCUCAUAAUAGGUCUGUUAUGCGAGUAAUGUCACUAUUUAUUUGUGGUGUGCUGUUCAGAUUCACACUGUUUAAUGUAAGUUACAUUAAUAUAGGAAAUCUGCAUUCAAGUGCCAGCAAGUAGUCACAACUGUUACUAAUUUGGAUUUGAUUUGCUUGUUUUCAGUGGUAGUUUGUGCUGUAAGGUUUGAUGUGACCAUCUCUACAGUGGAACGUCUAUUUUUUAUAAUAUUCCAUCACAAGUCAUUCCUUCAAAAAAAUUGCUGGAAUUUGCUUCAUUGCUGAAAGUGCAUUUAUUUUACAUGAGUACAGGUUGCGUAACUCAAAUUAAAUUUGAAAUUAUUUCAAAACCUGUGUGAAGAUUGUU